AUGGUACAGAUAUAUCACACCAGAGGAGACCCAUGGUACAGAUAUAUCACACCAGAGGAGACCCAUGGUACAGAUACAGCGCUCACAGGGGUCUCAGCCUCGCUCACAGGGGUCUCACUCACAGGGGUCUCAGACCAGCCCUCGCUCACAGGGGGGCUCACAGGGGUCUCAGACCAGCCUCGCUCACAGGGGUCUCAGACCAGCCUCGCUCACAGGGGUCUCAGACCAGCCUCGCUCACAGGGGUCUCAGACCAGCCUCGCUCACAGGGGUCUCAGACCAGCCUCGCUCACAGGGGUCUCAGACCAGCCUCGCUCACAGGGGUCUCAGACCAGCCUCGCUCACAGGGGUCUCAGACCAGCCUCGCUCACAGGGGUCUCAGACCAGCCUCGCUCACAGGGGUCUCAGACCAGCCUCGCUCACAGGGGUCUCAGACCAGCCUCGCUCACAGGGGUCUCAGACCAGCCUCGCUCACAGGGGUCUCAGACCAGCCUCGCUCACAGGGGUCUCAGACCAGCCUCGCUCACAGGGGUCUCAGACCAGCCUCGCUCACAGGGGUCUCAGACCAGCCUCGCUCACAGGGGUCUCAGACCAGCCUCGCUCACAGGGGUCUCAGACCAAGCCUCGCUCACAGGGGUCUCAGACCAGCCUCGCUCACAGGGGUCUCAGACCAGCCUCGCUCACAGGGGUCUCAGACCAGCCCGCUCACAGGGGUCUCAGACCAGCCUCGCUCACAGGGGUCUCAGACCAGCCUCGCUCACAGGGGUCUCAGACCAGCCCCGCUCACAGGGGUCUCAGACCAGCCUCGCUCACAGGGGUCUCAGACCAGCCUCGCUCACAGGGGUCUCAGACCAGCCUCGCUCACAGGGGUCUCAGACCACCAGCCCCGCUCACAGGGGUCUCAGACCAGCCCCGCUCACAGGGACCAGCCCCGCUCACAGGGGUCUCAGACGGGCACUGCAAAGACACAGUGUCUGCUCUUCGUCCAGGCAUCAACUCCUGCUGCGGGAUAG